AUGAGCGGCCCCGGUGUUGGAUUCGAGUACCCCCGCCAGCCCGUUUCCUGGGUAAAGCGCGAUGUGCUGCUCUUCGCGAACACUAUUGGUGCUACCGACGACGAGCUUCACUUCCUCUAUGCAACAUUCAAGGGCGACACCCAGGAGGUAGUCGACUUCUACGCCGCCCAGAAGGCCGUCCAGAUCCCCAACGUUCCUUCGUUCGACGCCCGCCGCGUCGUCGAUGGCCAGCGCAAGAUUGUGCUUCACAAGACCAUCCCCCCCACUUCGGCCGGCAAGAAGUUCGAAGUCCGAACCAAGGUUCUCGGUGUUUACGACAAGGGCCGCCCCGGCUCCGUCGUUGAGACCCAGACCGACCUGGUAGAGCUUCCCAGCAACGAGGUCUACGCCAGCGUCAUCACUAGCAGCUUCUACAUCGCCCAGGGCAACUGGGGCGGCCCCAAGGGUCCCGCGACCGAGAACUUCCCUCCCCCGAAGGACAAGAAGCCCGAUGCCACCUUCUCCCAGGCUACAAACAAGGAGUCGGCGCUCCUCUACCGCCUCAAUGGAGACUACAAUCCUCUGCACGCGACCCCUGAGCCUGGCAAGAAGAUGGGCUUCCCUGGAGCUAUCAUGCACGGACUGUACUCCUGGAACUCGACCGCCCACGGUCUGCUGAAGGCCCUCGGUGGCAGCGACCCUGCCAACAUCAAGGAGUACCAGGCGCGCUUCGCCAGCCCCGUCAUGCCCGGCGACAAGCUGGUGACAGAUGCCUGGAGGACAGGCGAUGUCAAGGAUGGAUGGGAAGAAGUUCGCUUCCAGACCAAGGUGGAGGGCGGAAAGAUCGUUCUGAGCAACGGUCGCGCGCUGCUGAAGGUUGUGGAGUCUCCCAAGUCGAAGUUGUAA